UAGUUCUUAAGUAAGCAAAAGAUUAACCAGAGAAAAAAAAUUAAUUCCAUCGAUGAAUUUUUAAAAGAUUUCAUUUUAGUUUGCAAUUACUUAAUUAAAUAAAACAUUUUACCUCAAUUUAUAGUUUUGUCUAUUGUUAAAUUGGCCAAGCGUAAUCGAUAGUGUCACAAAAUGUUAAUAAAUUUAAAGAAAAUGUUAAGCACUUUACUAGCGUUUUUGUAUUUCGGCAUUUUUGUUGCGGCGGAAUUGCCACGACCCAGAGGUGUUUCACUGGCCGACGCCAGUUUGUAUGCACCGGGUGAAACAUUCACUUGUCUGGAUGGUAAAUUGACGAUAAAAUACACACAGGUCAAUGAUGACUAUUGCGAUUGUGCCGAUAGCAGCGAUGAACCAGGCACAAGUGCGUGUCCAAAUGGACGGUUCUUGUGUGAAAAUGCUGGCCAUAAAUCAAUGUAUAUUCCAAGUUCUCGAGUCAACGAUAAUAUUUGCGAUUGUUGUGAUGCUUCCGAUGAAUACGCAUCGAGUACUCAAUGCGCUAAUAACUGCGAAGAAUUGGGUCAAGAGGAUCGACAACGGCAAAAAGUCUUGGCCGAUCUAUUGAAGCGUGGUAGUGUGGUUCGUGCUGAGAUGAGCACCAAAGGAAAAGCAUUGAAAGAAGAGCAUGGCGGUCGUUUGAAUACCAUUCAACAGUCAAUCGAUCAAGCACAAGCACUGAUGGCCGAACGUGAAAAGAUCAAAGAAGACGCUGUGAAAUUGGAAUCAGCAGCACUUGAAACAUACAAGCAAAUCAUCGAUGCCGAAAAACAACGAAAAGUCGAGCUGGCUGAACAAGAGAAUCGAGCGGAAGCCGAGGAAAAAUUCAAACUUUUUGACUCAAACGAAGAUGGUGUCGUUGAAAUUGCAGAAAUUACAACACGCAUUCAAUUUGACUCGAACCGUGACGGUCAGGUUGAUGAAGAAGAGGCCAAGUACUUCUUGGAGCAUAACGAUCAAGUCGAUUUGGAGACAUUCAUUACAGUGUGUUGGCCACGCAUGAAGCCAUAUUUAAUGCUCGACGCAGGCCUAUUUAAACCACCUGUUUCCACCGAGGGUAAAAUUGAAACCACUCGCGAAGAAACAACACCAGAGGAAGUUGCUGCACGAGACGAAGAGGCUCAAGACGAAGAUGGUGAGACAGCCGAAUUAUUGAAUGAAGAAGAUGCUGAAACAUUCGACGAAGAGGAAACCGGCGAAGGUGAAGUCGAACAAAUUGAAGCACCAAGUGAACCGGAAUAUGAUGAUGAAACAAAGCGAUUGAUCGAAGAGGCAACUAAAGCUCGUACCGAAUUCGAGGCAGCUCAACGGGAAUUAAGUGAUUUGGAAUCGGAGAAAAGACAAAUUGAAGAAUUGCUCAACAAAGACUAUGGUUUCCAUGAAGAAUUUGCUGUUUUGAAUGGAGAAUGCUUCGAAUACGAAGACAGAGAAUACAUUUAUAAACUAUGCCCAUUCGAUCGUGCCGUUCAAAAACCAAAAGAUGGCAGCGAAACAAGACUUGGUGUUUGGGAUCGAUGGGACGGCAAGCCAAAUAAAUAUUCAACAAUGGUAUACGCAAAUGGAGCCGGCUGUUGGAAUGGGCCACAACGUUCGACAAUUGUUCAAUUGGAAUGUGGUUUAGACAACAGAAUCACUGCCGUUUCCGAACCAAAUCGCUGUGAAUAUUUAUUCAAAUUUGAAACGCCAGCCGCCUGCGUUCACACGUCACAUGUCGAUGCUGCAUCGCAUGACGAACUGUAGAUAUUUUCAAUGACUUUUAGUGCAAAAUUCAAAAACCACACGAAAAAAAUACAUACAACAUAGAAAAUAAGCCAUCAAAUUGAAGAAAGAAGAACGUGAAGAAAAAACACAAAAACGUUCACAAACAAGAAAAACAACUAAAUAGAAAAGAAAAAAACAUUUGGCUGCAGUUACGGUUUUACAGAUAUAAUUAAGAAUUAAAUAAGAAAACAUCGUGUCUAAUAAAAUGAUUAAGAUGAUGAAGCUGUUGUAAUGAAACACAUUUCGUACAAUAUAUCAUGUGAAACUAAAAUACAUUCCCAACUGUUUGACAUCAACAAAAUGAAAAGUC